AUGGAGGCAUCUCGAGGCCCUCCACGGGUCAAGAACAAGGCCGCGGCGCCGAUUCAGAUCUCCGCCGAGCAACUGCUUCGCGAAGCUGUUGACCGGCAAGAACCCGGCCUGCAGGCGCCGACCCAGCGUUUUGCUGACCUCGAGGAAUUGCACGAGUACCAGGGUCGGAAGCGCAAGGAGUUUGAGGACUAUGUGCGGCGCAAUCGCAUUAACAUGAACAACUGGAUGCGCUAUGCAGCCUGGGAAUUGGAACAGAAAGAAUUCCGCCGUGCGCGGUCGAUUUUCGAGCGUGCGCUAGACGUCGACUCAACCUCAGUGGUUCUAUGGAUUCGCUACAUCGAAGCUGAAAUGAAGACGCGGAAUAUCAACCACGCCCGCAACCUCCUGGAUCGCGCCGUGACCAUCCUGCCUCGCGUCGACAAACUAUGGUAUAAGUAUGUCUACAUGGAAGAGACACUGGGUAACAUCCCCGGAACCCGUCAGGUUUUCGAGCGGUGGAUGUCAUGGGAGCCCGAGGAGGGUGCGUGGGGUGCAUACAUCAAGCUGGAGAAGCGGUAUAACGAGUUCGAAAGAGCGCGCGCAAUCUUCCAGCGUUUCACCAUUGUGCACCCCGAGCCGAAGAACUGGAUUAAAUGGGCGCGGUUUGAGGAGGAAUACGGAACAAGUGACCUGGUGCGCGAGGUGUAUGGCAUUGCGAUCGAGACAUUGGGAGAGAACUUCAUGGACGAGAAGCUCUUCGUGGCAUACGCCAAGUUCGAGGCCAAGUUGAAGGAAUACGAGCGUUCGCGAGCAAUCUACAAAUACGCCUUGGACCGACUCCCGCGGUCGAAGUCGAUGACCCUUCACAAGGCUUAUACUACUUUUGAAAAGCAGUUCGGUGAUCGAGAAGGUGUUGAAGACGUGAUCUUGUCUAAGCGCCGGGUGCAAUACGAAGAGCAGCUGAAGGAGAAUCCUCGCAAUUACGAUAUCUGGUUUGAUUUUGCGCGGCUCGAAGAAACAGCUGGCGAUGCGGAGAAGGUUCGGGAUAUUUACGAGCGAGCCAUUGCACAGAUUCCUCCGUCGCAAGAAAAGAGACAUUGGCGCCGUUACAUCUACCUCUGGAUUUUCUAUGCAGUGUGGGAAGAGAUGGAAGCUAAAGAUGUGGAUCGUGCGCGCCAGAUCUACCAAGAAUGCGUCAAACUCAUUCCACACAAAAAGUUCACCUUUGCGAAGGUAUGGCUCAUGAAAGCGCAGUUUGAGGUCCGACAAAUGGAACUGCAGGCUGCCCGCAAGACUCUAGGCCAGGCGAUUGGCAUGUGCCCGAAAGACAAGCUCUUCCGUGGUUAUAUUGACCUCGAGCGCCAGCUAUUCGAGUUCCUGCGGUGCCGGACCCUGUACGAGAAGCAGAUCGAAUGGAAUCCGUCCAACAGCCAAUCCUGGAUCCAGUAUGCUGAGCUGGAGCGCGGAUUGGAUGAUUUGGAUCGUGCACGAGCGUUGUAUGAGCUUGGCAUCGACCAGCCGACACUUGACAUGCCCGAACUGGUCUGGAAAUCUUAUAUCGACUUUGAGGAGGACGAAGGCGAGUAUGACCGGGUCCGGGCGCUGUAUGAACGCUUACUCCAGAAGACCGACCAUGUCAAGGUCUGGAUCAAUUAUGCUCGGUUCGAGAUCAACGUUCCCGAGGAGGAAGAGGAGGAAGAGGACGAAGAAGCCCGACCGAUCAGCGAAGAUGCCAAACGCCGUGCGCGGGCUGUGUUCGACCGUGCUCACAAGGUAUUCAAGGACAAGGAACUCAAGGAAGAGCGUGUGGAACUCCUCAAUGCCUGGCGGUCAUUCGAGAACACGCACGGCUCGCCGGACGAUAUCGAGAAGAUCGAGAAACAGAUGCCGCGGCGGGUCAAGAAGCGACGCAAGCUGGAGGACGACCGAUACGAAGAAUAUAUGGACUACGUGUUCCCGGCCGACGACCAAUCAGCCGCCAACCUGUCGCGGCUGCUCCAGAAGGCGCAUGCUUGGAAAAAGUCGCAGGCCUGA